AUGACCAGGUGCGCUCUGCUGGUGCUGAUGGUCCUGACGUUGGGCAGGGUCCCAGCUGUCCCUGCGACCCCUAUCCCAACCUUCCAGCUCCUCCCUCAGAACUUUCCUCAGGCCACUCCCUGCCCUGUGGCCUCAGAGAGCCCCUCAGCCAGCACCACAGGCCCCUCCACUGCUUGGAGCCACCUCAGUCUUGAACCCCGCCCCGGCCCACGCAUCACCCUCUCGCUGGAUGUCCCUCUCGGCCUCCUGCAGAUCCUAUUGGAGCAGGCCCGGGCCAGAGCUGCGAGGGAGCAGGCCGCCGCCAACGCUCACAUCCUGGCCCAUGUUGGCCGCCGCUGA